GCCAAUGGGAGACGUUCUCGUCGGACAAGUGACCCCCUCGACUCUUUGGUGCCGCUUUCGGUGCACAAUGCGCCGACAGAUGAGAGCGAGGUGCUGUCGCCGUCCCGUGCUGAACUGCGGACACCCAGCGUCUCCUCGAAGCCCCUACUGGUGUCGCCACGAGAGGUGACAAUUCAUCUCGCCAGAGAGGCAUCCAAAGAUACACCUCAGACGACUUCCACCAGCAAGGCCACGUCGACGACUCCGGCCGUGGAGUCGUUGUCUCCUGGGCGAGUCGGUGGCAGGCCGCGAGCUUCAAAAGUUGUGAAUCGAAAAGCUUUCCAGGCCUGUCGCGAGGGCGACAUCAGCGCCGUCUACGCUUGGCACCAGCGAAAGUCGUUGGGUGCUGGCUCCUACGGCGAGGUCUUCGUAGUGAAGCACCGCUUCAACGUGAAGAAGCGCGUGGCCAUAAAGCAAGUGGCCAAGGCCGGUUGUGACGACCUGCCGCGGCUUCGCAUGGAGAUUUCGGUCCUCAGCUCCUUGGAUCAUCCGCGCGUCCUGCACUUCUUUGAGGCUUACGAGGACGACAAGGAUGUGUACAUCGUUACGGAGCUGUGCACUGGCGGAGAUCUUCACAGCUGCCUGAAUGAGGUCCGGGGCGAUGUUUCUUUUGCCCGUCACGCCGGGAGUCAGAUCCUUCGAGCGUUGGUCUACUGUCACUCUCGAGGCGUCUGCCACCGGGAUCUGAAACCGGAGAAUGUGCUCCUUGUAAGGAAGCUUGGGGAACUGCGAGACUCGCCACUGCGCCUGGCAGAUUUCGGCUUGGCGCGGCAGAUCAAGGCGCACAAGCGCACGGUUUGCGAUCAAAUCUGCAACGUCAAGUCGCGGGCCUCCGAUGCAUCGUUCAACGAUGCCCCGCCACUGAACUCCUUCGUUGGCACGGCAGAGUACAUGGCUCCAGAGGUUAUGGCUGUGCUGAAUGCCGAGAUCUCGCUCAACCUGGGCGGUGGCAAGUCCUAUGACUUCCGAUGCGACCUUUGGUCACUUGGUGUCAUUGUGCAUGUCAUUCUCGUUGGAGAGCUGCCCUACAGUCUCGAAGAGCUGGUGGCCUUCGUGGAAGACGGUGAGGCCUUACCGAAGCUCAAAAGAGCGGGCGCCUACACUGGCGAGGCUUUCGACUUUGUACAGCAAUGCCUCAUCCCAGUCCACACAAACAGGCCGAGCUCCAAAGCGCUCGCGAGCCAUGGCUUCAUGGAUGCGAAGGAGACCUGCCAAACGGCCUUCGCAAAUGUUGACCGAGAUGGCUCUGGUACUAUCGACAUGCAGGAGCUGCAAGAGUAUCUGCUCAAGCAGGGACAUGAGCCAGACACGGUGAAGGAUCUUUUUGAGCGAUUGGACGCCAACCAGGACGGAAUCGUCUCCAAGGGCGAGUUCCAGGAAGGUUUCCACGUCCUCUGUACAAGGGAGGCAAAGAACGUCUCACAGGAGGUGCUCUCCGCCAUCGCUAAGAAUGUGGAAAGCUUUACAUCUGCUUCGAGCAUGAAGAAGGCAGCUCUGACCGCUGCCGCGAGGCAUCUCGAAGGUUACGAGCUUCAGAAGCUCUUGGAAAAGUUCGAGUCGGUCGACUCAAACGGAGAUGGCACCAUUUCUCUGGAGGAGUGGAAACUUGGUUUUGCGAUGGCAGAUGGCAGCAAGAGUGCCACGUGGGCGGAGGAGGCUUUCCUGGCUUUGGACACAGACGGUUCUGGAGAGAUCGACUACAGCGAGUUCCUGGCGGCUGUGAUGGAUGCGAAGCACCUGGAGCGACGGGAUCUUCUUUGGGCGACGUUCCAG